AUGUGGCGGACGAUAAAAAUAAUAUUUACAAUAAUAUGUGUUACGUGUGGUUCGUUCGUGGACUCUGCAAGGAUUCUGGCUGUGUUCCCGAUGCCAUCUAUAAGUCAUCAGCUAGCAUUUCGUCCCCUCACACAUGAACUAGCGAAAAGAGGUCAUGAAGUAGUAGUCAUCACCCCAGACCCGGCAUUCCCAAAAGGAAAAACACCUACAAAUUUCACAGAGAUCGAUGUUCACGAUAUAUCUUAUGAAAUCUGGCAAGAAAUGUUCAACAGCCAUACGGGAGAUAAAGAUGAUGUAUUACGAAAUAUCGUGUUGAUGUUCAAAUUGAUAACUAAAACAUUUGAAAAACAAAUACAAACUCCUGAAGUGCAGCGGUUAAUAAAGGAAGAAUAUGAUAAAUUUGACAUUGUCCUUAUUGAGGCAUGUGUACGUCCUACUAUAGCUUUAGGUCAUGUUUUCAAAGCUCCUCUUGUUAUGGUUAGCUCAUUUGGUGCAGUUCCAGCGCAAUACGAUUUAUUUGGUGCACCUAUGCAUCCACUGUUAUAUCCAAGCAGUGGAAGAGUCAGAGUAUACAAUUUGACAAUGUGGGAAAAAGCGAAAGAAAUGUUUAUAUCAAUAUUUCUACAGAGGUUAAUAAUGACAACGGAGGAAAAUGAUUAUCAAAUGAUGAAACGAAAUUUCGGAGAAGAUUUACCGAGUCUGGCAGAGUUAUUUAUGAAUGCGGAUAUGUUGAUGUUAAACGAACAUCACAUUUGGGCUGACAACCAUCCAGUAGCUCCGAAUAUUGUUUAUAUAGGUGGUAUGUAUUACAGACCGGAAAGUGAAUUGCCAAAGGAUAUUAAGGAAUUCUUAGAUUCAUCUAAGCAUGGUGUCAUAUACAUAAGUUUUGGAACCAAUAUUAUACCAUCAGUUCUUCCUCGUGAAAGCAUUCAAGCGAUGGCCAAUGUAUUAAAACAACUACCCUAUGAUGUUUUGUGGAAAUGGGACGAUGAUAAAGUGCCGAUACAAGCGAAGAAUAUUAAAUUUUCUAAAUGGUUCCCUCAAUCUGAUCUUCUAAGACACCCAAAUCUAAAACUAUUUAUUACCCAAGGAGGUCUACAAUCAACGGACGAAGCUAUAAAUGCUGCAGUACCCUUAAUAGGUUUUCCAAUGUUGGGUGACCAAUGGUAUAAUGUAGAAAAGUAUGUUAAAUUCAAAUUUGGCAAACAAUUAGAUAUAAUGUCACUAUCUGAAGAUGAAUUUAAAGAUGCUGUAGUUACAGUUAUUGAAGAUCCAAGUUAUAAACAGAACGUGAAGAAAUUGCGGGAUCUAAUGAGAGAGAGUCCAAUAAAACCACUAGAUCGAGCUGUAUGGUCUAUAGAGCAUGUUAUAAAGUAUGGAGCUAAACAUUUGCGUCCUCCAACUUUUGGAGGCAUGAGUGCGUUUGAAUAUUAUGAAGUUCCUCUUAUAUUGUUCGUGCUUGGCAUCUUGGCAGCCAUUUUGUUAAUUGUGAUCAUUGUAAUAGUUUUAGUUAUACGUUGUGUUAAAAGAUUGAAGAAUAAGAAAAUUAAAAUAAGUUAA